AUGCGCUCACAGCGUACGACCCGCACCCCCCGAGGCACAGAUCGAAGGCACUUCUCCCUCUGCACCUCACCCUCCUCGCUCGACAGUGAGUCGCACCCGCCAGGCUGUCUGCUACGAGCUUGAACGAGGCGCGAGUCGUCGUCAGUCGGCUUGCGUGGCCACUCAUUCGGUCUCCUCGCGCCCCUCUCGGCCAGAUGCUGACCUCUUCUGCUUCUGGUGGAAAUAGUGAGCGCUGCCGAAGAAGAUGACAUCUUGGAACUCGACAGCCCCGAGGCCGAGCCGAUCGACUUGAUCGAGGAUGAAGAAGCCGACGACCUGCACAUCCCCUCGUCCCCGUCCCACAAGAGAGGGCUCGCCGAUGCAGCAACAGCAACAACCUCGUCACCGACGAACAAGCAGAGCAAAUUACCGAAACCGGUCGAGAAACCGAGGCAUCAGCAGCUGCAGUAUCAGAAUGCGUUGCCGUACCCGGUCGAGUCCUUGCAGGAGAUGGACCACAAGUUGGAACUGAUCGUCAGGCGAUUGAUCGAGUGUGUCAGCGCCAAGGACUAGUAGGUUGCCGCUUUGAUAUCUUAUGUCUGUGAUCCAAGCCUGAUCGUUGUCACAUUACCCACAGUGACGUUGGAUUCGUUCGUAAGCUUGCCAAGGACCACUUAGGUCGACCGCGCAGCAAAACUUCCGCUACGUUGAAACUUAAACGUGCCCCUCUACUUGCACUUUCUAGAAUGGAAUCAUCGGCUAGAAUGCUGGACUUCGCUCAAGUACCCGAUGCGGCGAGACAUUCGUGCCAAGCUCACCAAACUCUACUUUGAGCUCUCGGUCCUCCCAGGCAUGGACGCUCGGCUUGUCGACAUUGCGGCCAACAUGACCAUGUCCUUGCUCGAAAACAAGAAGCGGAUCGACAUCACCGAUAUGCAACUGCCCUGGAGGCCCAUAUAUGCAAUCCUCGAAAAGGAGCUGUUCCCCAAGCAGAGAAAGACUGGGCUCACGUGAGUCGUGGCCUUUGACGUUGAGAUGGGCCGAUGCGGAUAGCAUGCUUACUUGACACAAUUCUCAUUCGGUCAGAAAUGUCUCGGCGACCUUGCUCUCCCUGACCGAGUUCUCUCAGCGUUUCUUCCCGCCUCACGAGAUCCCCGCCAUGCUCGAAACGUUCCUGCCUCGCCUUUCGUCAUCCCUCAACUCGAUCCUAGCGACCCAGGCCUUUUGCUCUCACUUCCUCCCUCUCUCCCAUCCCCAAUACUACCUCCAAGCCGUAUUCAAACUCUGGGGCGCUUUCAACUCGUCGAUCUGGGACGAGCAGUGGCUCGACAUGAUGGAACGACUCGCGAUCCGGCAUCUCGACCCCGCCGUCAGCGAUCCCGAAAUCGUAGACGAGUUGCGCAAGGCCGCUCGGUCAAGGGGAGAGUACGUCGAGGAGAAGACGCGUUUCGAGGAUCUCUUGCCCCCGUUGGCGUCGAGACGACCGAGUGAGGAGGACGUGGCCAUGGAGGAUGCUUCGACCACAGCACAAGCCCCGAGCUCGUCCGAAUGGAAAGGAAUACGUCAAGACGUCGGAAUUUUCACCGACGACCAGUUCUCGUUGAUCAUGACCAAAUUCCUGCGCGCUACAGGCGUGCCCGUCGGGGGUGGGAGUCGAGUCGGUGCCGAAGGGGUCGCCGCGACGGAUUUUGCCACGUCCGACGCAUCGGCCAGUGGUUCUUCCUUGACGAUGAAACGACCUGCGGAUCGGUUCGCUUCUUUUGCUGCUAUCAUCGUGCAUUCGAUGGCCGUAGAUGCACCUGCUUCCGGGACGACGCCGAUGCCGAGUCGACCGGCAAGUCCCGUCACGACGGCCAAGAAGCAACAGAAGAACUACCUCGCCGGAUCGAAAGCUCUCGAUGCACUGGCCAAACUUGUGCAGGCCACCGAGGGCUUCUUUCACCCUUCCAACUAUGGAGCAUGGGCCCCGAAUCUGGGCCGCUUCUUGCAAAAUGUGACAUGGGAGUUUCACAAGCGCACCAAGGAGGAAGAACGAGCGGACUGCAAGACGCCGAUGGAGUGGCGUCUGACCCCGACGAUCCGACUCGAGUUUGUCAAGACGAUGCGCACCGUUGCCUUGCUGUCCAUGUUCUCCCGGGAUCCCAUGACGAUCGCGAAUGCUCAAGCGGCGCUCAAGUUGAUGGGGUACCUCGAGCCCGACCUCAUCUUCCCCGCAUUGCUGGAACGAGCGUAUCCUGCACUCGAGACCUUGCUCGAGACACAUCGUACGACGGCUUGUAUUACCGCCUUGUCGACCGUCUCGCCGCCGCUCAUCUCUCGCUCCGUCUACCCCGCCGGAGCCAAGAACUUGGUCCCGCUGCUCGAGCUGUGCUUGCCCGGCCUCGAUGUCAACGACCCGAUCAAGACGAUGUCGACGGCGAUGUUCGUCAUUCAAGCGGUCACCUCGGUCAUGGUCGACGACUUGACGCGGCCCGAGCUUCAGUCCGCUUACGAGUCGGAGCAUGAAGGACAGACACAGUCGGAUGCGCCAGCCAUCGUGCUCGAAGGCGAAGAGCCCAAACUGUCGAAGCAUGAAGAGGACGAGGUCGUUCGCAUUUCAACGGCAGGUUUCCCGGAAUGGGUUUCGUGCUUCUUCCGCGCCGUCUUGGUCGUCUUCGACUCUCUUCCCGAGCCGGGCAAGAACCAGCGCAACGGUGGCAAGAUGGAAGACCAGAUGACGCAAACGAUGAUUGCGGCGUGCGACUUCGUUUGCUCACAGCUGUCACCGCCCUUGUUCGAGCUUGCUUUGGGCAUCGUCUUCAAAGAAGUGACGUCGAACGUGAGAUCCAAUUCGGCCCGAGUCGUCUCGCAGCUCGUAUCGUGCUUUGCUCGCGCCAACUCGUCACAGACGCUCAAGCUCUUCCUUCCAUUAUGCGACGAUCAUAUUCGUCUCGAACUCGAAGGAGGCGCCUCGUCGACGCGCACGACCUCAACCAGCAACGUCAUCGAGUCAGACGUGUCGCUGCAUUGGUGGAUCGGCCUCCUCACAGGCGCAAUCACGAACGGAGGAACGGCAUUGCUGCAACACAAGGAUCAACUGAUCACGUUGCUCAAGUACAUGAUCGAGAACUGCAAGAGCGAGCGGGGAUACACGACGUCUUCGAGAAUCUUGGCCCUGCUAUUCGUCUCGUUGACGAACGUGUGGGUCAAGGAUUAUCGGUCCGUCAACGCCGAAGAAUGGAAUAGCGAAAGCUGGAAGGCCCAUCACCACCAACGAUGGGGCCGGUUGUACGAAGUCAAGGAUGUCAAGAUCGAGUGGCACGUUCCGUCGGAUGACGAGAUCGGUUUCGCUCUCGAGCUAUUGCGGGAAAUUGUUGAACCGGCCAUGAACGCACUCGAGGCGCUGCAGCGCGAGUCGACGCAAGAGGGCUUCAAUCGCUCGACUGUUUGGACGAACGACUUCUGUCGCUACUGCAACGUCGUUCGAUCGGCCUUGUCUGGCAUCCCAGCAUUGGCGUGGCUACCUACACCGACUGAGCGAGGAGCGGUCGCUUCGGACGCGGGCGACGAAGUCCCCGAGUUCAUCGACCACAUGCCGCACUGUCUUUCGGGAAUAUGUCUCACCGACCCUUCGGAUCCCCGGCACUCCUAUGUCGUUAACCUUCGCGAUCGAGCAGGUCAUCUCUUCCACGAAGCCGUCGCAACGCUGAAAAGCAGUGCCCAAGACGAUUCGAUCGACUGCGUCAAGAUGCUCAUUUCCUCGAUCCGCGUUCUCGAGUUGGAGUAUCCUUGUAUACAUACGCACUACGGUGAUAUCAAGAAGACGUACGAUUUUGCGUUGACGAUCUCGAGGACGACGAGGAAUCAGAAGCUGUUCCCUAGGUGAGUUUCUAGAGCCGGAGCGUGGAGUUGAACACGCUGAUUGACUGGAACGAUCAUCGAUGCAGAUUUGUGUGGGUUCGUCGUGCGGCCCUUUAUCAUGCCUCUCGCAUGCGCCUCAAUUCGUUCUACCGCAAACGGACGCCGCUCGACGAUCUACUCAUCGCCGAUCUAUGUGAACUCUCGCUCAGCUCCUACGUCCAAAUCCGUAAGGCGGCUCAAAAGGGACUUGACUCGAUGAUCUCGUACUUUGAUGGGACGCGCACGCUCAUCUACCCUCGACUGUUUGAGGCGCUUCAACCGGGAACGGACCACGAUGUCAUGAAGGGCGCGCUAUUCGUGUUGGGCAGCAAGGCGACCCAGAACAUGGCCAUCCUCGACUGGCGCUUCACGGGCAAGUACCUCGAGACGAUGCUCGCUUGCUCGCAUCAGGAGCGUCCGUCAGUCCAGAAUCUGGUCAAGCAGAUCACACACGACUUCGUCAUUCGCUUGGCCGAGCCUUCGACACUUAAGGCCGCCGUCGACUCGGAAUCGCUCAAGUCGGCGGCCGAUGACCUUGCGCGCCUGAUCACCUAUCCGGAGGAUUUGGAUCUAGUGGCUCGCGUUGCUGGCAAAGCGACGGGCCGUAUGGAUCAAAAGAACGAGGCGUACGAUCAACUUUUGCCCAUUCUGCUCGGGAUCGCUCAAGCCUCGACGACGCAUUGGCGCUAUUCGUUGACCUCGACUCGACUCUUGCGUGCUCUCGUUCGUCGGGACCAACCGAUGCGACCCGAUUUGGCGGGUUACAUGGCCGAACAGCUCAUUUCGGACCUGCCCAACCAGCGCGCUCACUCGAUGCUCGCGCUCACCAAGAUUCUUCACUUUGUCAAACUUCGCACGGCAUGCGGUGGGUCGAGCGAGAAGCUGUUGUUACAGCAGACGAGCAACCCAUUGCGCAAGAAGGUCAAGCUCGAACGCCCUUUGCCGGAGGAUUUCACGGAGAAGUUUAUUGAAUCGUUCUCCAAGCCUUUGGGCCCCGACACGCUGUUGAUGGACAAGAACGCGACCGGGUGGCUGGUGUGGGGUGAUAGCGUCGAGUUUUAUGAGGUCCCGCCCGAGGAGGCGUCGGCGAUCCUGUGGGAUCCGACUUCGGCCGAGACAAUUGAUCGGUUGCGCGACAUCAUCGUUCAGCCGUCGUGGUGGGAGACGUUUUCAAGCCACCUCGCGAUGGAGAAGACGAUUGACUACCUCGCCGCCGACGCCAUCACACUCGUCAAAUCGAUCUUCCAGAUCUUCGAAGAUGCGCCCUGCGAGCUGAUUCAGCCGAUCAUCGAUGGCUUCAUCGCGGACCGAGCGGAUCGGCACAAGCAACGCGCUGCGGGAGAGCUCAUCGGUGGUAUGGUCCGCGGGAGCAAGCACUGGCCGCUGCAGAAGCAACGCAAGCUGUGGGAAUGGCUCGGUCAACGUCUCCCCGGUAUCUUCCAGGGUAUCACGCCCGAGACGCAGCUCGCUUGGGAGAUAUGUGCCGAGUACAUCUUGACAUCCCGUGAUCCCCGUCGGAAUCAGCCUCUCGUCGAUUACUUAACCUCGCUCACGAUCGACGCCGAGUCUUCCGAAGCUUUCAACACGUCCAAGCAGCAAGAUCUCGUCGGAACGGCCAUGAAGGCGCUCGGUUGGCACUUCACCCCGUGGGCCGACAAGUACAUCGAGAUGUACAGCCAGCACCUCGACCACCCGUACCAAGAAGUCCGUGGAGCCGUGGCCGAUAAUUUACGAAGUCUAUCCGAGCUGCGCCUUCAUCCCUCGUACCCUUCGGUAGAAGUGUUCUUGCGUGAAUGCGAGACGCCGGAAGGAGCGAAGGCGCUCAUGCAUGUCGAUGCUUCGUACGAGGCGCGCGUCGAUGACUUUGGCGUGAGACUGAAGAAGUGGCGCGAGUCGAGGCAACCCACCGCGCAGGGAACGCAGACGUAUGACAAGGCCGCUUUGACGAGUAAGUCGAGGUCUUGUCGACUAUGAAGGUUACCGUAAAAGCGUGCUGACUGUAACCUGUGCUUGACUGCAGUUUUGUCCUGGCUCUGGACGAGCAUGAGCGACUUCCGCAUCGCCACAGCGUACCCUUUCAUCACCAAGCUCUUGCCCGAAAUCUUCCACAUGCAGGAAAUCCUUGACAACGACGUGAGGCACUUCUGUCCCGCUCUUUGACCUUGUACGCUUUAUUGACGCUUGUGGAGUGCGCCCAUCACAGGAGCUCAAGGGAACCGCGGGCCGGGUGCUCAUUGCGGCUGCCUGUCUGCCGUACCCCAUCGAGAUGACUCGCCCUCUCAUGACGCAGUUCUUGGAUCUGCUCCGGAACAGCCCCAGUUGGCGUACCCGCCUCGACGUGCUCGGCCCGCUCCAGGUCUACUACUUCCACAACAUCUUCAACCUCGACCAUGAGCUCGUCGCCGAAUUGCUGGAGGCGCUGUGCGACCUCUUGCGAGACCCCAAGAUCGAAGUGCGCGAAGCCGCAGCCAAGACGUUGUCCGGUAUCGUCAGGUGCUCGCAGAGGUCGGCGAUCAUGUCGCUCUCGACGAGGUUCUUGACGGUUCUUCGAGCGACCAAGAUUCCCAAACGACGUAAUGCGGCGGGUGUUGAAGUUGCAACCUACCAAGAGGCAUUGACGAUCGCGCGUGAGUGAGGGCUCAAGCCAUCAGCCGUGAAGCGCAGUAGGCUGAUUUUCCUUUCGUUCAAUCCAUAGACUCCGCCGUUCUGGGCGUCUCCUCGCUCAUCAACGCAUUCCCUUACGAGGUCCCCACCUUUGUACCCGCUCUUUUGAUCGAGAUGGCCACAAAGCACGCGUCUUCGCCCGUCCCUAUCUCGACCACCGUCCGACAAACCCUCGCCGACUUCAAGCGAAGUCACACUGACUCGGUGAGCUACAAGCCGAAGAUGAUUCAUUUUUGAGGAUGAUAGCUGACGGUCAGACUUUACGCAGUGGACUGAAGACCAAAAACAGUUUACUGAAGACCAGCUGGUCGACCUACACGACCUGUUGACUGGUUCCUCGUAUUGUGAGUUAUCACAGUAUACUUCCUCAUUGCAAUCGACUGACGCCUUCGUUCGCAAAUUUGCAGAUGCAUAA